CCAACCACUUUCUUUCACCGCUUCAUCUAGUACGGUCUAGUCUAGAAAUUUCGUUUAAAAUGGGCUGGGUACAUUAUGUUGUGCUAUACUGUUGUAUUAAAUAUGGACAGAGUGAAGAAAUCAGCAAAAGAGAAGGAAGGAGCGCCGUAUCGUCGCAUGUACCAAUACAUCACACAUACUCGGAACACCAUAACAGAGUUCCAGUACCUGUUCCACAACCGAUACCGUAUCCAGUACAUAGACCUGUUCCGUACCCGGUUCACGUCGGAGUCCCAGUGGACCAUCCCCGACCAGUUAUCGUACCUGUACCUCAUCCUGUAGCUCACUUCAUACCUCGACCGAUCGCCGUACCAGUCGACCGACCGUUCCCAUAUCCAGUCGCACAUCCAGUACCUGUUACUAUCACGCAAGGGGUAGGAAUACCUGUUCCUCAGCCGUAUCACGUAGCGUAUCCUGCGCCGGUUCCAGUGAGAAUACCUCAUCCAGUACCUGUUCCAGUUUCUCCGGUAGUUCAACCAGUGGUCGCCUCAGAAGUGGUUGCCCAACCCGUUGCUCAGCCGGUCGCUCAAUCAGUUGUGAGCAGUGCGGAAGUCCAUUCAGAGGGAGUUAGUGACUAUGGAAGUACUGUUGAGUCUCAUGGACAUGCCAUACAACAUCCCUAUUGAAUUAUAUAAUUUGAGUUGUUUAAUUAAAGGAAGGUAAGAAAGACCAAAUACGAAGUAUUUUAGCCAAAUAAACGAUUCAAGUUCUCAACAAAAUAGAAAAGAGAAUAACGAAGAACGCUCCAUUUAACUCCAAGUUAAUAGCUAUAUACUUCUUAAAUAUGAUAAAAAGAAGAAUUAACAACGUUUCAAUGCCUAACUAAGUAGACAAUAUAAUCCUAAAGUCACUGAUAUGGAGAAAGAUUAUCAAGUUAUUUUUUUAUUGAAGUAAUAUGUAGUUCAGUCGGUGAUAAAAAUCUCUAGUUGAUAUUUGUAGCCUGGUCAAUUGUUUACCGUUUCAUUUAAUUAUAGGAUAGUUUAAGCGAUAUUUAACUAGUAUUUACAUAAUUGUUUGUGUGUUCUUGACUGAUAGAAAAUAAUAUUAUUGUUGUUAAAACUUAUUUAAA